AUGAGAGCGACUGUUGCCGAUCCUCAACGUUCUAGCUCUGCGAUGGCCCAGCUUCUUUGCCAGACCCACUUUCUCUUCUGUCCAAUCACGAACUCCACUCUAUCCUAUGUCCCCCCUCUUACUAGUCGCCUGUUUCAGCCGCCGCCUCCUCCUCCGGUGAUUAUGACACUCCCAGUCAAGCUGAAGCCCUCGCUCGGUGCUAUCGAAGUGCUUCUCAUCACUUAUCAAUCAGUGGCCCUGCAGGCAUGGCCGCAGGUCCCCGGUGGUCUGCAGGAGCCUCCACUGUUG